AUGUACAGACCCCUUGUCUUUGCACUCUUUGCAAGUGUAAAGGCAGUAUUCGCUGCUUGUUCUGGCCCUCUAGUCAUUGACAACUUUUCAAAGUGGUCGUCCAAUUCAAACAACCUGAAUGAUUGGGUUAGCGAUGAUGGCUCGAUGACUUCAGCCAGCGCUGCUAAUGGCAAGUUGUCUGUGGUUCCCAAUGCCGACUCUUACUUCUACGAGACAUUCCCAUGUCAGACCGCCUUGUCUGAUGGCUACAACGCUAUCACCUUUUCUGUCAAAGGCCCUGUUAGUGGAUCGUUCACGCUCGAAAUCCAGACAAAGAGUGCAUGUUCCGCCGAUGCCUACCAGAGCCACUUCUACACUGUGUCCGACCUGACAGGUACCACACAGACCAUCACUGUAACGCUGUCUUCGUUCCCCGGUGCCAACUUCAACGCUAUCACGAGCUUUGUUUGGAGUGAUUUCUCAAGCUUGUCUACCACCUGGGAGUUCGGCCAAAUCCAGUUUGCAUGUAAUACUAGCUCUGGCCCUACAUCAAGACCUAGCGGCGUGACCUCCCGGGUCAUUUCUUCUUCGACUUCAUCUAGCAAAGCUUCUGCACCCACUGGUCAAUGUGCAGAUCUUCUGAUCGAUGACUGGACUUCGCAGUCUCGUUUGACUUUUCUGUACUACAACGCCAUGCUAAACCCAAGCUCGGACGAUGGAACCAUGGCAUCUGUUGUUGUUGACUCGACGAAGAACAGAGUGACAUACAGUCCUAAGGAUGGAAGUAGCUACUUCUAUACACAGCUUGGCUGUACUGAUGCUAGGAACCGCUUUGGUGGUAUCUCAAUGAGGCUCAGUGCUCCUGCAGGUACGAGUCUGUCUGUUGAGCUUGAUUCUGGAUGCAAUGGCGAGAGCGACAAGCAGUCGACUCUUUCGAGUAGCGAACUUGGAUGGACAUUUGACGGAAACGAGAAAUUGUACAACAUUGCUUUCGACAGGUUUGACGGUCUUGACAUCUCAAAGAUCGCAACAUUGCUGUUCUCCCAGCUGACGUCGCCUGUCACUUUCGGUCCCAUGGCUCUUUACUGCGGGGGCACUCCCACAGAGUACAUUCCCGAUGACUCUGACGCUCCUGUAGCUUCUACCUCGACGGUUCCAGCGCCAUCCGCCACGGCAUCUGCACUUGUCAUUGAUACAUUUAGCAGCCAAGACAGCAAUACACUUGGCAGUUGGCACGGUGCUGACGAAGGCAUGACCUUGAGUUGGGGUACCAACAAGCUGACCAUACAAUCAAACGACGCAGACUACGCCUUCUACACUCAACUGUCGGGCAGUUGCCGCGACAUGACAAUGUAUGAUGGUAGCUAUCUCCACAUCGCAUACACUGGCUCCGAUGCCUUUACUAUUGCUCUGCAGCAACACAAUUCUGAUUGCGAUGAAACCAUAGCGCCCUAUCCGGAGACAUGGGAUUCUCUUGAGGCUGCUCGUUAUGCCACUGCUACCGACAUAUACAUCCCAAUGAACCACUUCAACGUCAACAGAGGUCGUGCCAUUGGCUUUGCUUUCAAAGGAUUUUACAAGGCUGAUCCCGUCACUCUAAGCAAAAUUGAGAUAGUCAAAUCUGUUCCGGCAAACUUCAAAGUCCCCAACAAGCUUCCUUCUGGAAACCUGAUCUUUGCGUGCAAACGACCAAACAGUUUCGCCUUUGCUAUCGAUGACGGUUCACCCGAGUAUGCGCAGGAAGUGCUCAGCAUAAUCAAAGAGGAAGACAUCAAGGUCACCUUCUUCACUGUUGGCGCACCACUUCUGGAUCCUAGCACAAAUCUCUCUAAUGUGUAUAAUGAGAUGGUGUCUGCAGGUCACCAGAUUGCUUUACAUUCUUAUACGCACCCCAAGAUGGAAGGUCUACCAGACUACGCAGCCAUCGAUUGGGAGUACAAUCAAGACAUUGCAGCUGUCAAACAAGUAUUGCCUCGCGUAGGCAAUACACGCUACUUCCGUCCUCCAUUCGGUACCGAAGGCGCGCGUAUGCGACAGCGUUUAGCCGUAGCCACUGGCUCUGACGAGCCAUAUAUCGUCAACUGGAGCGUUGACGUCGAGGACUGGCUUUGGGCUGAGACAGACACACCUAAAAAGCAACUCGAUGCAUUCAAGCGUGAUGUCGACAAAGGAGGCAAUCUCGUUGUCAUGCAUUACUUGUAUCCGAGUACUGUUGGUUACCUUCGCCAGUUCAUACAGAUAGCCAAAGCGACGGGCAAGCAGUUGAUGCGUGUUGACCAGUGUAUGGAGGAUCCGGAUGCACCUCCGUUGUGA